AGAACCAUUGUCCUUGUUGUUGCCGUCUCUGUUCGGAGGAGGCUACAUUUCCGAUGCUCUUACUUUCCCCGAUGCUUCAACGUCGUUGUACCCUCAGCCGAGCUCUAACUUCGUUGCUGAAAGUAUUGAAUCAUCCGAGCCGACGAAUGUGUAUGAACAAACGGCGUUUGUUUUUCAUGCUUCGACGUCGUUUCCUCACUUGCCGGACCUGCGUUCUUUGGGGCAAUGUUCGUCGUCGUUUAACAAGCGUGCUCGAGUCGAUUCUGUGUGGAAUCCGUUGCAGAUGGUGGAGCCGAUGAUGCGAGAGUGUGAGGUAAGUAGCUCCGCUGCUGUGUCUCCUACUGUUCAAAUUCCUCGCAGCGCAUUAACUCGACAGCGUCGGCAGAAAUUGAGCGACAAGACGCGUUGCUUGCAGAAGCUACUGCCGUGGGACAAGAAGAUGGAUAUCUCUACAAUGCUUGAAGAAGCGUUUAAGUACGUCAAGUUCCUUCAGGCGCAACUCCUUGCUCUUCAAUCCAUGCCUUGCGAGUCGGCCAUUUCUACUAAUUCGAAUCAUCACAUAAGCGGCGUGUUUGGUGGAUUGGAGAGGCUGAGCAGAAACCAAUUAUUGCAAGUUUUGGUUAACUCGCCGGUCGUUCAGACGAUGCUUUGUUCGCAGAGUUGUUGCGUUUUCUCGGCAGAACAGUUGGGGCUUAUCCAGAAGAUCGCAGAGAAAAGAGUUCUUCUGCAGCAGAUCUCAACGUUCCGACACAAGCCCUAGGUUUCCGAUCAAUUUCCGCCGUUGGGUUAUUCAGCAAGGCGGCGCGUCGGGCAGUUGCAAGGAACUGACCUCCACAGCAGUUCGCCCAUGAAAGAGAGGCUGGUUAUCGACUCCGAGAGUGAGGUACUCCUGGUUCCUGGUUCCCGAGCGGUUUGUGUA